UCUGUGCUUUAAUAGUAGGAAAAGAAAAUUCUCAUCAAACCCUAAAGCCCAUAAAAGAAAAAGUGAGAAGUUUAGUUGAUCUAUCAGAAUCUCAAGCACUCACCCUUAAUUUGCAGAUGGCCGAUGAACAUAUUUCCACAGUCCUGGAGCAGCUACGACGAAUCAUGGCCGACGAAAGAUUUCGGAACUCGGAGUUUCAGAUAGACUUGCUUGUAUGUAGACUCGAAGCUUUUCAAUCUAUGAUUCUUUAUCAUGGGGACGGGCUAUUUUCGGUUCGGCUAUUGGAGCGUGGGAUUACUGUUCAUUCACUCGAUCAAGUGCUAUAUAACAUAGAAGAUGUAAUUAGCGACGACUUACAUUUAGGAGUAUCUACUGAAUUAGCAGCAGCAGGCCUUGAGAAGUUUGCUUCUACUCAAUCAAAAGCAGCAUCAGCAGAAACAGCCACUCUUUACAUCUUGCGUAAGAGGUUGGAAGAAUUGGAGGAGGUAUUGAUUGGUCAUCCGCAUGAAUCGCAUCCCUUGCACUCUAAACGAUCUUUUUUUGUAAAAUUGUCAAAGUUAUAUGGUCUAGAUGUGGUUAAGAAAGAUAUAAUAAAUGUAAUUUUGGGUGAAAGUUUCAGGGAUAGUAGCGACAGCAUUAAAACCAUCAUUAUUGUUGGCAUGGAAGGAACGGGGAAAACAUAUCUUGCACGGUGCAUUUGUACUGAUUGUCAAGUUCUGGAAAUUUUUGACAACAUAAUUUGGGUGAAUGUUUCGGAUGAUUUUGAUUUAGGUAAAAUUGCAAGAAAAAUUAUUCUGUCUCUUGAAGGUUUGGAGGAUGACUCUUUGCGUCUCCUAACAUUAGUUCCAUUGCAAAGUCUGUUAGAUAGAAUUCAGCGAAAGAUUGUUAACAAGAAAUCACUUCUUGUUUUAGAUGGUGUGGGGAGAUAUGAUUGUGAUGAUUGGGAAGCACUUAGAGCUGUUUUUCAACAUGGCAUGUCGGGGAGUGGGAUUCUAGUGACUACUCAUGAGCACUCGGUUGCAGGAGCAAUGGAAUCAUCUUAUAUAUUUUGUUUGGGAAAGCUGUCUGAUGAGUUGUGUUGGAUGAUACUUUGUGAAGUUGGAUUGAAUGAUGAUACUCUUGAAUAUGCAGUAGAGGAUAUAGGAAGGGAACUUGCAAGGAGGUGUGAAGGACUACCCUUUGCUGCAAAGGUUUUGGGAGAUGCUAUACGACAUUAUGACUUUGGAAUAAGAGGAUGGGAUGUUUUUCUGAGAAAUUGUAUCUGGAAAUCUCCUAGAAUACCCAAAUAUAUGUCUAAAAUUCUAUCACUAUCUUAUUGCAAUCUACCUUUGUCUGUAAGACGGUGCUUAUCGUAUUGGGCUAUCUUCCCCAAAAACUUUGAGAUUUCAAAAACUCUUUUGGUGCAACACUGGAUGGCACAAGGUUAUCUGUACUCAUCUGAUAAUUUAGAAAUGGAACUAAAAGGUGAAGAGUACUUUAAAUGCUUAGAAGCUCAUUCAUGUUUCCAAUAUUGUACCAGAGAUCGUGGUAUGCUUACUUGUAAGAUGCAUAGCUUAGUACAUGAUUGUGUCCAAUCUUUGUCCCCAUAUGAUUUAAUGAUGAGGUUCGAGUCUGUUAAACAGCUGACCUUGAAUUUAUCUUCUUGGACGGAGGAGGUCAAAGUUGUUGGCACUCAUCAUUUGGUAAUGAUGAUUGCUCAAGGAGCUGGUUUUCCCAUGGACAUUAGUGGUGCAGAGAAAUUGAGGACCCUUGUUGCUGUUACUCAAGGGUGUUUGAUAACUAGUCAAGCAUUAUCUAACUUAUUUAAACAAUCCAAACAUCUGAGGUUAUUGGAUUUGAGCUUGACUAGUGGGUGGCAUAAUUGUUUUGGGCCAUCCGGACAAGGUAAUAUACUAGAUGAAAUUCCGGUGGAAAUCUGCGGAUUGAUUAAUUUGAGGUACCUUAGCUUGGCUGGCAGCAAAGUAUUGAAGAUAUUACCAGAAACAUUGUGUGACUUGCAUAAUUUGCAAUCCUUGGAUCUUACUGGUUGUAGUAGUCUUAGAAAAUUGCCAGAUGGAAUGGGGAAAUUAAUGAACUUGAGGUAUUUUUAUACCUGGUGUUGCUCUAGUAUAACUUCCUAUCCAAAAGGGAUUGGCUGCUUAACUUCUCUUAGAGAAUUAACCAAUGUCAUUGCUAGAGCUGAUCACAAUGAUGCAAAGGAAUUCACUCUUGGAGAUUUUGAAAAGUUGAACAACCUUUGUGGACAUGUUCGUGUGAAACUGGUAGGAAAUGCGAUAGAUGCAGAUGAGGCUAUUAGAGCUAACCUUUGGAACAAGAAGGAUCUUGACCGUAUCAGAAUAAAUCUGGAUGGGGAUAUAGGGAAAGAAAGCCAAGACGUUAUAAAGAAAGCAUUAAACCCGCCUUCCGACUUGAAUAUAGAGUUCGUAGGUUGGUGGUUCUAGUCCAGAAAUGUAAGGAUGCUGCAAAGCAACAGGUAGUCUCUCUGUCUCAUUUUCUCUUUUGUUGUAGCUUUGAUGGUUCAAAUUCAGUAUUUACUCCUAUGAUUCAUUCAAACCCAAAUUUCAGUUGUGUUAUAGUAGUUCUAGUUUCUGUUGUUAUCAUCUGAUUAGAUGGAAUAUUAUGAAAUCUCUUAUAACAUUACAAUGACACAGA